AUGUCAAACCUCUACAAAAUUGGAGCUGAAACUAGAAAUAAAAUCAAAAAGUUUCGUACAUCUACAGCAAGAACUGAUUCCAUAAAAGCUCUAUCGAUAAAGAUCGAACCAAAGCCGUCCUAUGAGAUAAUUGUUGACGAAGACGAACAGGAAGAGCUAGACGAAAUUGAAGAUGUGAAUGAACUAGCCGAAAUUCUGCCUGAUAACUCACCUAGAUUUCUUCUUACUGCAUAUCCAACAACGACAAAAGAUGGGUUCAAACAAACUCCCCUAGUUCUAAUUUAUUGGAAGCCAAUGACAGUCGUAUCGCAAGAAUGGAAGAUGCUUUACGCUGGCGCAUUAGAAAUGAUCAGAGAGGAGUGCGGUACCUUCAAAUUGAUAGAAGUUUCUUCAGGCCUGGAAGAUGACUCGGACGUUGAAGAAUUGAGGGAGCAGUUAGGAAAUUGUUAG